AUGGCCGAACUGUCUACCAUUCUCGGAUCUGUCAACACCACCGGCUUCCUGUUUGGUGAUGAGGACGAUCACAAGUCUACUCGUGUCCAGAACCCCGCCGCAUCCCCUGAUGCUAAGCAGUUCCUCCAGUACCAAGCCAGCGACGACAAGUUCCCCAUCCUCGUUCGUCGUGAGGGUGAAGGCAUGCAGCUUUCCGCUUCUGCUGCAGCCGUGGAGAUGGCCAAGUCCCAGCAGAAUGGUACUGACAAUCAAGAUCGUGCCACCACUACCCGCACUAACAGACAGUCGCUUCCUCCCAGUGCAAUGCGCCAGCCUGGUUACGGCGAUGCUCCCAUGUCUCCUCUCAAUGGUAUUUUGACCGAGAUCAACACCGCAAAGAACACUGCCGCCAACAGAAGAUCUAUGGAAGUCAAGUUCAGCGGUCUUGCCACGCCUAAGCGCCCUGGCUUGUUGGCCUCACCCAAGAGCGUCGGCUCGAACGGUGUGCCCAAGCUGCAGGGCUCUUACUCGACCAACGACAUCCCCACCCUGAAGAGUACAAACGCUGCCAACUUCUCUGAGAACUCGGGUGCUGUUCAGAACCCUCGUCCUGAAUUUAUCUCGCCUGCUCGCCAGUCCAACAUCCUCAGCAACGGUCAUCAGAACGGCUUUCACACUCCUGCUCGUCAGAUCCAGGAACAGCCCAAAACCGAGGAGCUUAACAGCGGAGCUUCUUCUCAGAGAUCUGCUCUUCAAGCCAGCGCUGCACCCUUUGGACCUUCUGUCACUUCUCCCUCGUUCGAACCUGCUCGUGUCAUCAACAACAACAACUCGAACGGCAUCAGCCACGGUCAUAUCAGUCCUCCUUCGAUGCAGACUUACGGCAAUGGAGCCUACUACGGUGGCUACGGCAUGCACAUGCUGGGCAAUGGCUUCAACCAGAUGUAUCUUGGCAACCAGGGCGGUGGCCAGUGGGGUCAUGUGGCCGGCUUCCAACACGGAUUUGGUGGUGGUUACCCUCAGCAGCUCUCCCAGCAGCAGAGCCCCGCGCGCUACAAUGACAGCCAGCCCCGCGUUAUGCAGCAGCCACGCCGCAACACUACCGGAGAUGGUAAUCUUUCAACCACUCUUCCCAUGACACCCGUUGCUAACAUGGAUUCAGACAACUCGCGUUACUCCAAUGUCAAGUUGCAGGAGCUCAUCGGCGAGAUCUACAGUCUUUGCAAGGAUCAGCACGGCUGUCGCUACUUGCAGAAGAAGCUGGAAGAAAGUGAUGAUGAGAACAUCAGACUCAUCUUUGAGGAGACCAACCCUCACAUGAUUGAGUUGAUGACUGGUAAGCUGCUUGUUUCAACUCUGUGUUUCGUGAGAUCUUGCUAA